CUGAAAUGGGCUACAGACUUUGUGUACUAGGAUGUGGUACAAUGGGUGUUGCUGUAUUAUCCGGUGUAAUUGAAGGUCUUAACACUCGCAAAUCAGUUGGAAUGAUAAACUUCGAUAACGACAAUGCAUCUGGUACAUCCACACCUGUCGAUUUAUCCUCAUCUCAGGCUAUAUUAGAAGCUAAGGAAGGCAGUUUACCUUCAAAGUUCAUUUGUACUGUCAAUAGAAGUGAAAGUGCGAAAUCACUUCGUAAAACAUUCGACGCUUUAGGUGAUGUUGGUAAGGAAGUGAACAUAUUGCAAGGUAAAGGUGUAAAUAUUCAAGCUGUCCGCGAUUCUGACGUCGUUUUGUUAUGCGCUAAGCCACAGAUGGCGCACUCAAUACUCAGCGAACCUGGUAUGCAAGAGGCUCUCUCAAAUAAGCUCCUCAUCUCAAUCUUGGCUGGUGUCACUAUCUCACAGAUCAGUUCAUGGGUUCCAGAGUCAACAAAAGUAGUUAGAGCUAUGCCAAAUACACCAUGCAAGAUACGCGAGGGUAUGACAGUCGUAUCAGCGCUUCCAUCCGAAUGGACAUUCGAAAAGGACCUAAUUUUGGCUAUCUUCAGAUCAAUUGGAAGGUGUAGAUUCCUUGAAGAAAAACACUUUGAUGCUUGUACUGCUCUUUGUGGUUCAGGACCAGCUUUCGCCGUCACUGUACUUGAAGCCAUGGCAGAUGGUGGUGUUAUGAUGGGUUUACCAAGAGCCGAGGCAGUAGAACUUGCAGCACAAUCUAUGCAAGGUAUUGCAAGAAUGGUCCUAGAAACUGGAGUCCAUCCAGCUGCUCUAAAGGAUAGCGUAACAACCCCUGGUGGAUGUACGAUAGCGGGACUUUUAGCCCUCGAAGAUGGCAAAGUUCGCUCAACGAUGGCGCGUACGAUCCAGGUCGCUACCACACAUGCUGCUGGCCUUGGACAAAACAAGAAGUGAAUAAUGAUUACUCAGUACUAAAUGCAUUAUUAA